AUGACUGAGCGUGUAGAGGAGCCCGAAGCUGCACAAAAGUUCAAAGACUGGUUCGUGGCUAGCGGAGGCAGCUUCCAUCCACAUGUCCACUAUACGCCCGUGAACUCUGGCUACUCCAUCACGACAUCAGAGGUGCUUGAGCCGGAUGCGAUCGUCGCCUCUUGUCCGUUCUCCCUAGCUGUAACGCCAGCCCUUUCGCGGAGCGCGCUCUCGGCGCUAUUGGAUGGAGAUGACGUGUUGAAGGACUGGACCGAGAGGCAGCUUGUAUGCUGCUAUAUCGCGUUUCACUGGAUAGUAGAUGUUUCAAGCUUCCCUUCAUUGGCCCAUCGGCCCUACAUUGAUACACUGCCAUCCCAUCGUCUUCUGCGCACUCCGCUACACUUCACAGAUGCUGAACUGGAAGCACUGCGGGGAAGUAACAUGUACGGCGCUACACUCGAUAGAAGGAAGGAUUGGCAAGAGGAGUGGUUGAAGUGUCAGAGCGAUAUUGCGAAGGUCAACGUAGGAUGGGCAGAAGGCCUCACGUGGGACAGAUAUCUGACGGCUUCAACGUACCUGUCUUCGAGGGCCUUCCCAUCCACACUACUGUCAUAUGCACCCUCCUUGGUGCAAACUCAGGAAUCGCACCCUGUCCUUCUCCCCGGCGUAGACUCAUUGAACCACGCUAGAGCGAAUCCUGUCUCAUGGCUUAUACGGUCCGACUCUUCCUCAGUUUCCUCCCCGAACGACAAGAUGUCCGUUUGUCUUCAAACUCACACCUUAUACCCGGCUGGAGUAGAGGUCUUCAACAACUACGGUCCAAAACCGAAUGCCGAGCUGCUUCUUGGCUACGGCUUUACCCUUCCUCACAAUCCCGAUGACACGCUGGUUUUGAAACUUGGAGGUCCGAAUGCUUCGGGCAAGAGAUGGGAGAUCGGUCGGAAUGCGCGCGGGGUUGAGGGACUUUGGGCAGAGAUCCUCGAGACGGUCAGGUCACAGCCUCGCGAGGAUGCCGAUGAAGACGAAGAAGAACCCCCAACAUGGUCGCUCAUGCUCGACGCGUCUGAAAUUCUAGAUUCCCUGUCGACAACGAUGAUGGAACGCCUGCCUAACAUCGGCGGCUCACCAUCCAUCCGUUCCGAUGUCGCUGUGAUGCUUGAUCAGUAUAAGGAGGCCGAGGCGUUGGCUCUUGCGAAGGAGGACGGUGUCGAUAUACAGAUGGAAUGA